UGUAUUUUGGUUAAAAAAGUAAAGUUAGAAUGCACACUUUUAGUUAUCGGUAAAAUAGGGUUUAAAAGAAGUCAUUUACAAUUAAAAUGUACCAUUAAAAUAUUCUACAUGAAUACUUGCAAAGGCUGCUUAGCUAUACAGGUAUACCUCGCCUUACGUCGGUAAUUGGUUCCAGGAAAGCGACGGAUAUGCAGAGCAGAAAUACAAGUGCAAAAUCUUUGACGAUAAUAGAUCCACCUACCUCUAGUUUUGGCAACAAUGGAAGUUCAAAGUGUGAAAAUUUAAGCGAAGAAUAUUCGAACAUUAAUAAUUUAUUCCCAAGUUAUUUAUGUCUUAAGAGUUCUGUCUUGUCUCCGUCGUCUACAAGACUAACGAGUCAGUAUCUUGCUUUGGAACAGUUAUGUGCUCAUUAUCAAAUGAUCAGCAAUGCUAAAGCUCAAGUAGAUAAUUCCGCACCAAAAUCAAUGCAGAGCAGUUUAAGCCAUUUGGGACAAAAGAAAAAAGAAUAUUGGCAGAAAUCCACUUAUAGUAGAAGUGCCUCUCCAUUGAUUAAAUUAAAUGCAUCUAUGCCACGUGAAGAAGGCAAUUCCACUUCAGAUAUAUCAACGAGGAGAUAUUCUUGCAGUGAUUUAACACUGGACGACAAAGUUUCAUGGUAUUUAAAUUCAGUAAAAAAGAAUAGAGGGAAGAGAAUGCCCACUGCUCUGAUUCAAGGAGAAGUGGAUAUUUCGACUCCUGAAAAACCAAAGAAUAAUUCCCAAAAUGUGAAAAAUACAGCCAGUGUGGCUGACAAAUUGUCUUGGUAUCUAGAUGCAGUACAGCAGGGUGCUUUUCAGGAAUAUGUUAGUAAUUAUCCUGGAUUUGGUAGCAUUUCUACAGAUAGUGAUGAAGAACAGAGUCAAAACAAUACUCAAACUCGCAUUGGCAGUACUAAAAAACAAAAUCCUAGUACAAGCAAAGAUAGUAGACAUAGAAAGAAUUCUACAGAUGCAAAAUCUAGGAUAAGUAAAACCAAGUCUAAAUUAUUAGAAAUGAAAUGUUAUCACCCACCAGUUCAACAGAAGAAAGCCAACAUGAAGUAUCAUCCUAAGCUGCAUUCCGAAGAUAGUUCGGAAGAUACGGACGGAAGCCAUAAUUUGGACUGUGACAGGACUUCAUGGAGACACUACAGAAGAAAUAGUAGAAAGGAAUCAUCACACAAUCCUAAAACCUUUCAUUUUAAGUUGAGACAGGAUCCUCAUCAAGAUUCGUUUGAUUUCCCUAUUCAGAGGUACAGAGGUUCCUUAGAAUUUGUUAAUAGAAAUGAAGAAAUGUAUCUGAAUUUUUUGUCAACCGUAACUGAAGACAUACUUAAACGAGGAAUCUAUACUGACGGAGCAAUAAAGAAAGCAUUCAAAUUUCAUAUGAAGCAGCAGAAAGAGUUGAAUGUGGAUAUUAUGCAACAAUUAAUGGAUCAAUUUCUCGAUGAUUUGAGCAUACCCAAGGAAGAACUGAAUGAACAACAGAAUUCCGUCAGAAGGACUUCACCUCCCGAAAGAGAAAAAGCAAUUCAGGAUCAUCUAGAUGAGAAUUCAAAUGAGGGAAAUGGUGUACCCUUGCAGAAAAUACUCGAACAGCAAGCUAAUUCUAGUGUGGAAGAAGAUGACGUUAGCAGCAAUUCAAUUAAUCCCAUCAAAGAGACAAGUUUAGAAUGAGAAUUCUUGAUCAUGAAACAGAUAAGUUGCAAAGAUUUAUUAGUAUUAGUAGAUUUAUAUAGUAAUGGGUUGCCAUUCCAUUAUGAUGCGUCUCCAAUUUAAUGUUUACUGUCCAAUGCUAUUGUAAAAUAAUAUGAAACAAAAAUAACGUGAUAAUCUCAGUAAUUGUAGAAUGUGCCACUUAUGUAUAGUACAUGUACCAAAGUAGUAAGAGCAUUGGUUUGCCAAAUUAGUAGUUUCCAAUGAACUUAUAGAGAAUCAGCAAUCUGAAAUAUAGAAUGAUUAAUGUUUAUUAAUUAUUUAAGUAUAUGAAGAAUAUCCUUGAACGUUUUAUUAGAUAAUAUAUAUAAAAAACAUUGGUACUGAUGCCCCUCUACAGCGAUAAAUAAUAAAUUUUUUUCUAAAAUACUAAUCUGAUGUGUUUGGAAGUGCAGUAAUUUUGUACUGGAUUAGAGUUCUGUUUUAACUGCUCAACUUUGUAGAUUAUAAACUUAUUUAUAUAUUUAUGAUGAAGCUAUCUGUGAUCAUAAAAUUUAUAUAUGACAAACUUUACUCAAAGCUGAAUAAAAUUGCAAUACAGCUUUAAUGUUUUGUGUUUUAAUAAGUUGAAUUUUUAAGUUGAAAGUACUGAAAAGUUGCAGAUUACUUGAACAUUAACAUGACAUUUUGUAGUGAAAUAUGUAGAGAUAUGUGUUGUUUAACAAUGGAGGUUCCAUAAGACUAUAAUGAAGCUGAAAAAUUCAUAGUCACCUGUAGCUUUUCUGUGUUUAGAUACAUAAACACUUAUCAUUGUGUUACAUGUAGACUGUCUCACAUCAAGCCAGCUCCAAAUUUCAAGCAAAUAUUUGACCAAUACAGAGUAAUGUAGAUGAUUGACUUGUGUCUAGUAUUCAUUAUGACCUCCUUAUUGGUAUAAUAUGCCAGUUCAAAGGGGAUAAAUAUGCAAUUUGCAAAUACUGAACAUGUGGAGCUGUCUUAAAGCUUAUUUAAGUACUGUACACUCUAUGAUGUUUGCUUAACAACAUAUUUAUCAGAAUGUAGCCCUGUUGUUAAACAAUGCAUAUUUGUGUUAUUAAUCAAUUGAAUCCAUGAAUACUAUUUUGACUUCAGUUAAAGUAUUACUUUUAUAUUUUUUAUUGACUUACAUCGGCAAACUUCAAUCAAAUCUCAAAAGUAUAAAAAACUUAAGCUUUCUUGCAGUGAAAUCUAUAUAAUCAAGUGCUUUUGAGCAUUCCUAGCUCAUCAUCUGGGCCUAUAUUAUUCUAAUAAUCAGAAAAUCCAGAAAGAAAUACUUAUUUUUUAAAUGUUUAAUUUAUUUAGAAUACUUAAAGGUCAAUAGUUUUCAGAAGUUUUACUUUUUUAGAACAAUUUAGGCUGUGGAGAUGAGCUGAGAAGGCUUGAAAGUGCUUGGACUUAAAAAAUUUUGAUACUAGAGAACAUAAUUUUGUUUCUUUUGCCAUUUUAAAAAUAGAUAUAUUAUUUAUUGUUACGAAAAAUAAUUAAUAAUUACAAAUAAUUUCUGAAAAAUUUAGUAAAUUUCUUUCUCAGAUUAUUCUCAUGAAAUUAAGUUCCUAAACUGUUCCUUGUAAACUGCAAAUAGAGACAGAAUAUAAUUUGAACAAUGUUAUUCAUUUUACUGUUAUUUCCCAAUUAAAUUUGUAAUUUUAUAACAAGUAAUCUUUG